GAUAAAUAUCAUAACAAAAUGGCCAUCAACAAGAAAAUCUUCCUCGCAUUUGUUCUUACUAUCCUCUUUGUCGUACCUUCUAUUCAUUGCUCUGAUAACACUUCUGGUUUUGAAAUAAAGCAAGAGUAUAAGCAAUGCUACACCUCAGCUCCGUGUAUAAAGGGAGGGAGCAGUGAAUGCGAAAAGUUUUGUGUGGGUAUAAGCGGUUUACUAUACGGCAAAUGUAGACCUAACGACAACGUAUGUUGUUGUUUGUCAAAGACGACAUAAUUGAACCAAACAUAUGUAUUUGGUAGACUAAUGAUGUAGCAAUAUGGUUUUAAUAAUAUAAAUACAAGAUUCAGAGAG